CUCUCUGACCGUUGGAGCCAUUUAAAUCUGUUUACUUCGGUUUGGUGGUGAUCGGCGGCAGGUGUUCCGUCUCUUCUUUUUCUGCGAGUAUAAUUGUGGCUCGAAUUCGCAAUUAACAUAGCUGGGAAUAUUGUUGAUACAUUACGUUGGUACAGACGAAAAUGAAGAGAGGAAAACCAAGAAAUGAGAGAGCUAAAUCAACGAAUAGAGAGAGCACAAAUAAAGCUACCCAGACAAUAAAUAUUGACACGGUCGUUGAGAUCGCUAGGCUGCAGGAGCAAUUGCGACUGCUGCAACUUGAAAACGAUGUUCUCCGCCAACACAUGUCAACGUCAAACAAACGUGAUCAUGCUAGCAUAUACAUGCCACUCAGUGUUGAAACACAGGAGAUACCACAAGCUAAUGCUAAAGCAGUCACUUGUGGAUGUAAGGGUAAUUGCUCUACAAAGAGAUGUGGUUGUGUCAAAGAAAAUAAUAAAUGCACUGCAUCAUGUAAAUGCAGCGCUGCAACAUGUCAAAAUCAGGAACUGAAAGAUCAGAAUGAAGAGCUAGAUCAGGAAAACAAAGAAAAUAUCACUACGAAUGGCAUGGAGACUCCGAAAAAACGAGAGAAAGUGAUACAAAGUGAAGUCGUAGUGAAAAUGAAAACGAAGGGCAAGGAUUUAGCAAGUGAUAAGAUCACAAAUGAUGUGAAUGAACAAUUUGAUCCGAUGAAACCGAAACAUCAGUUAUCACGAACACCACCAACGAAAAACAGAACAUUUGUAAGUGAAGUGAGUUACUCCGAUGACAAACUAAAGUCUGAAUCACCGGAGUCAUCUCAAAUAUUGGUUUCAUCCUUCAACGUUAAAGCAAAUACCUCAGAUAUUGAGGCAGAAGUCGAUUGGGAGCAACACAGGGCGCAACUGGUCCCUUGCAAAAAAUGCAAAAGAACCUUCAUGCCACAUAGAAUCCAGAAACACGAAGCCUGUUGUAAGAAGAUCUAAGCACACAAUAUGCACGGAUUUAUUCGGUACGAUCUCAUCACGAACUUUUCCCGAAACAAUCGAUUAAUAAGAUAUCAUUAAAUUAAGAAGAUACUUUUCUUUACUUUAACUCAAUCAUACCUUUUUUUAGAGCAAUUAUCGUUACGUCUGCAAAUAGUUUCUCUAAUGUCCAUUUUUUAUAUCUCCUGCGACACAUUAUAUCUCUUUCUCGACGCGGAUUGACAUAUACGUGUUAGCAUAAUGUGUGAAAUCGUACGAAACUUUGUUAAAUCUUAAUCAUUUUAUAUAGUUACUCAUCUGAUGUACAUAAAAUGGUGUUCGUAAAGUAUAAGAGUUUUAUUAAAAUGACGAAUAAUAUUACAUGCUUCUGUGAGUAUUAUUGGCACAUCAUUUGAGAAAUGAAAAAUUGUGCCAAAUCACAAUAUAGGACGCAUAAUGUGUUACAAACAGAAAACUAUGCUAAACUUUCCCGAGGAUGUAUCAUGCUUAAAGUUGAAAUGAGAAAGCAGAAAUGAAGAGUGAUAUUGAAAUAUUGAUAUCGUGAUAUUAAGAUAUAGCAUCCAUAUAUUUUUAAAUAAUGGAUUAUACAUUUUUCUGUAAUUGUGUAUUGAUAUAUUUUUUUAUGUAAAUAGGACUAAGUUUAAUAUACUCUAAUAAAAUGAUACUUAUCUAUGAUUA